GACACAAUUAUAUAGGUUUCUCUGGAGCUGCCUGGAAUACACUUCCCCUGUCCUACUUCCCAACAGUAAGAAAAGAGCAAAAGAAAAAGGCGAGAUAAGAGGAGUGGGUUAAUAUGAGGCUCAGUGCAUGUGUGUGUAGCCUGUGCUUGUCCCCGAGCCAGUGAUGAGAGCCUUCUGACUAAAUUGAGACAGACUGGAUUCAUAGCAUCAGUGCAUUCUCUGCCUUCCACUUCACCCUUUUGGAUUAGUUAUGUUCAAUGCUGAAGAAUAUUGGAUGAAGAUACAGAAAUAAGGAAUCCUUUUUUCUCCACUUGUUUUCCAAGGUGGUGUUAUUCUUCCUCUCAUGUGAAAUAGCUCCUCCAAACUUGAAUAAUGUAUUUAUAUGGGUGCAGAGGCUCCUGGUUACCAGUGCUGCUUGGUACUGUAAGUGCGCUGGUGGUGCUGACAGCUGGUAACGCUGGGCACAACCAGGACAGAGGGCUGGGUGGACGAUCCUGCUUCGGGGGCUUUGACCUCUACUUCGUUUUGGACAAAUCUGGGAGUGUGCAGCACCACUGGGUUGAAAUCUAUCACUUUGUGGAACAUCUGGCUCACAAGUUCAUAAGUCCACAGCUGCGCAUGUCCUUCAUUGUGUUCUCUACUGAGGGAAGGAUUUUGAUGCGGCUUACAGAGGACAGGGAGCAGAUUCGAAAAGGUCUGGAGGAGCUCCAGAGGGUACUUCCAGGUGGAGACACCUUUAUGCACGAAGGCAUCCAGAGGGCCAGUGAGCAGAUAUACUAUGGAAACUCUGAAGGAUACCGUACCGCAAGUGUCAUUAUCGCUCUCACUGAUGGGGAGCUGCAUGAGGACCUCUUCUACUAUGCUGAGAGGGAGGCCAACCGAUCGCGGAGUCUGGGUGCCUCAGUAUACUGCGUGGGGGUGAAGGACUUCAAUGAGACACAGCUGGCAAUGAUUGCUGAUAGCAAGGACCAUGUCUUCCCAGUGGAUGACGGCUUUGAAGCACUGCAGGGUGUCAUUGAUUCGAUCUUAAAGAAGUCCUGUAUUGAGAUCCUGGCAGUGGAACCCUCCAGUAUCUGUGCAGGAGAAACGUUCCAGGUGGUGGUGAGAGGAAAUGGCUUCCUCCAUGCUCGGAAUGUCCAUAAGGUCCUGUGCAGUUUCCGAAUCAACGACACACUCACCAAGAGUGUGAAGCCACUAAUAGUGGAAGAUACAUAUCUCCUCUGUCCUGCCCCUAUUCUACAGGAAGAGGGAAUGGCAGCCAACCUCUAUGUCAGCAUGAAUGAAGGUCUUAGUUUCAUCUCCAGUUCAGUCACCAUUACAACUGUGAGCUGUUCUGAUGGAACCAUCCUGGCCAUCGCCCUGCUCAUCCUCAUGAUGCUCUUAGUCUUCAUGCUGCUCUGGUGGUUCUGGCCUCUCUGCUGCACUGUGAUGAUCCAUGAGCCACCACCACCAGUACUGGAAGACAGUUCGGAUGAGGAAGAAGAUGGGAUGCCCAAGAAGAAGUGGCCCACGGUUGAUGCUUCCUAUUAUGGGGGUAGAGGUGUGGGUGGAAUCAAAAGGAUGGAGGUGCGUUGGGGUGAGAAAGGCUCUACUGAGGAGGGAGCCAAGCUGGAGAAGGCCAAGAACGCCAGGGUGAAGAUGCCCGAGCAGGAGUUUAUACAGACCCCGACUCGCAUCCUCAACAAUGGCACGCGCAAGCCUCCUGGCCCUCAUAAGUGGUACUCACCAAUUAAGGGCAAGCUGGAUGCUCUGUGGGUUUUGCUGAGGAAAGGCUAUGACCGUGUGUCUGUGAUGCGACCACACCCAGGAGAUAAGGGCCGAUGCAUGAACUUCACCCGGGUCAAGUCCAAUCCUCCUCGCUACCCCCACUACAACCAUCACUCAGCCCCCAUCUACACCCCUCCAAGAGGCUGCAACCCACCACCUCCCCAAGGCAAACUCCCCCUUCCCACCGGCAGCCCCCCAGCCUCCCCCUCUCCAUCCUCCACCUCCACACUGCCUCCACUGCCCUCAAAACCCCCUCCUUUUUCUACCACUCCUCUUCCUCCCAUUACUCCACCUCCUACCAUCACACCCCCACCUUACACUCCUCCUCCAACUCCAGCCCUUCCUCCAACCACUCUGCAUAUACCCCCUCCUCCUAUGUGCCCCCCUUCCCCGCCACACCCUGCAUCCCCAACCAGCUCCCUGCCCCCACCCCCUCAGGCCCCUCCUCCAGGACAAGGCUCUCUGCCCCCACCCCCUGCCCGCCCACCACCACACCCCUCUCUGUAAAUCCUCAGCAGUGAUUGGGAGGGCAGGGGUUGACUAGUACUAGUACAAGGCAGAUCAACAGGAAUCACAACUGUCCCCUCAUUCUACUGCCACCCAGGAUAUCUGUGUGGCUCACACACUUGUCAGCUAUUUGUUUACAGUGGCCCAUGUACACAUGUAGGUCAAGAGUACAAAGAGAAGUUGUAUUUGAGGUUCCACGGAUAUCUCCUGAUGGACAGCUUUCGUUAUAGACAGAUCUAUGUUUUCUAUAGCUGGCCAGGUCUGCACAAAACACUGUUACCUUGCCAUGGCAAUAAGGGCUAAGCCCAUCUGUCCAUUCUACAACCAACAGAAGAAUGGAUGGAUAUCGUCGUAACAAAGUAAAGCCAAGUGUUGGAUGGUUGCCUGUUUUAAAAACAGGAACUGAUGCUCUUGAGAGAUGGCUGAGGUAUUAAGUUCAGAAAGAAAUUGAGAGAUGUCUCCAAAUGACAUUCCGAUAAUGUAUCCGUCUGAAUUUUCCACAUGCAAUAUUUGUUUUUCACUGACAAACAAGUUAUUAUGAGCAGCGGAAGGAUUCUUAGAAUCACAAAAAUGUCCCAGUGCCAAAUGCCCUGCUGCAUUGCACAAUUACUGUCAAGUCGAGGACAAUGUUUCUUAAUGACAGCAUAAAGGAUGAUUUUACGCCUUAAAUGUGCCUUUAAUUAAAAACAGAAUGUUAUUGGAGAGCAAUUACAUUCCAGUGGUUUAAGUAAUUUGUUCAUCCAUGUGACAGUGUUUGAUUCAUAUGAUGGGUCUUUGUUAGUUUAUAGCAUUCCUAAAAUGUUUUAUACAUAUAGCGUGUAUAAAUAUGUGUUACUUUUUGUCUUUGUAUUGUCCAUUCAGUGUUGGAUAACUAUUUUGCAGAGUAUGAUUGUUGUGGUGAAAGAAAUAAUCAUUACGAAUAAAUGACAAUAAAUGUG